CACACACACACACACACACACACACACACACACAAUGGAGCGGACUGCACCGCCCAGAACACGGCGGACAGACAGGGAAGGAGCCGUGUGCGUGUGGGGACGGGCCAGUGGUCUGGACUGGCUGAAUCAAGACUCGACAACCGGCGAGCCUUGGCUGGGCAGACACUUACUCGGCCAACAAGCCACGGACUCGCAGUCUUUCAGCAUUGCAUUCACGCGGUUCCACCUCUUUCAGUUGGUGAAGAAACCUGGCCAGAUGACGGCUGGCAAGUCUAUCUUUAUGGUUACCUACACCUGGACAACAUGCCGUUGCCAUUGCUGCUGCCGCUGUUGGUGCUGUUGUUGUUGUGUGUGUUCAUGGAGCCAUCACGACGAGCAUGUUCAGUCCCAGCUGCGGGACGGGAGCUUAGGUGGCCACAUGGAGAGCCCGCAAAGUGCUCGAGAUACACGGGCAGGAGACAUUGAGGGCCAAUGGCUCGCCCAUCGAUACUACACGCGGGUCGGACCUUGAAGGAAGAAGGAGCAUCGAACGGAACACCACGUUGGCAUGCACAGCGCACCCCACGGACGGAGCUGGCAAGACAGACAGUCAGGGCGAUCUUGAAAUUGUCCACACUUGCCUGGACAAUUUCAAACUUUCAGGGUCGUGUGUCCACCGCACCAGCCUCUGCC